AUUUCGAUAAGAGAGAUGAAAAGAUCGUUCGGGAAUAGCAGAAGCAUGGGAAGCGGCGGAAUGCUGCGCGCAGUGGGGCGGGCAGUGGGGGCAGGUAUUGGGGGCGUUCAACAGUCUGUCUCGACUGCAAAGCCCAAUCCCUCAACCUUUUUCUCCCUCUCUUCUUCUUCUCCGUCUCCGUCUUCCUCCGUUAGUUUUCCCGUUUCCGCCACGUCGAAUGCUAACGGCCGGACUUCUUCCACUUGUUUCAUCGAAGACGAUGACUGGGAAUCGGUUGAAGAGGAAGACGGACGAGAUGGAAAUAACGGAUUUCAUGACCGUUUCGUUUUCGGUCCCGUUCCUUCCAAGGACGAAGUUGAAGAUGCCAUUUCAGCCCUUCAGCAGGUCGUAGUCGCAGGCCCAUAUUCACAGACUGUUGAAGAUAGCUAUCCAUCUACUCCAAGAAAGGAUGAAUCCAGUCUCAUGACAGAUUCAACUGAGUUAAUGUGCCGUGUUUCUUCAGCUGAAGCAGGGUCAGAUUGGAUUGAGCCUGUACUGCACCUCAACAAUCCGAAACCAUUGGAGUGCCAUGGAUACGACAAUGUGAUCGAUGCGUUUUGGUUGCUGCAAAGAAAUCCAUCCGUUCAGAGGAUGGUCAUUUCUUUAUCAUCUGAUAAUGCUAUAUGGGAUGCGGUCAUGAACAAUGAGGUGGUGCAGGAGCUCCGGGAUUCAUUCUAUGCAGAUCAACCACCUGAAAAUGACCAGCAGCCGAGCUCCAAGGACACCCACCCCGAAGUCUCAUUCAAAUUUCUGAGGUGGAUUUUGGACAAUACCAAGACAAAAAUGAUGGAACUUAUCAGCAAGAUCAUGAAGCUCACGAAUGACCUGUUUCAGGCACCGGCUAAGGGGAAAAUGAUAGACGUCUUUGAGGACACUGUGAAAUCCUCACUCAUGCUAUCAAUCAUGGUCCUUCUAGUGAUCGUCGUGACACGCGUUCGAAGCGAUUGAUAGAAAUUCGAUGACAUGAUCACUGGCAUUUCUUGCCAGGUUUACAGGUAAUAUUCUAGAAUUGGUAGUGACAGAUGACUUUAAGAUAUUGGUUUAGUUAUUUCCUACACUUAAGCUUGGGUGUACAUAUAGAUGUUGUUAGUUGGUUUAUUGGUCACUGGCAUGUGGCCAGACGGAUCUACAUACUCUUUUGUUGAAUUUCUAAUAUGGAGUUUUGUAAUUUAUGUUAAUCCCUUAAAAAGUCUGUUUGGAUGAGUAAUCCAUUUUUU